ACACAAAACAUAAACACAUGGUUCUCUACAUCAUCACUUUUUGGUAAAACAUUAAAACCCACAAAAAAAAAAAGAGAGAGAGAAACAGAAAACAAAACCCUAAAUUUCAGAAAUCCAAAAUUUUUGGGAAAACCCAGAAAAAGCUGUAGCUAGAUUUCUUUGGCUAUGGAUUCUGUGAAGUCCAUAAAGGGUUAUGGCAAAGUAGACGAAGCCCAGGAUUUGGAGUUGAAGAGAAAGACGCGGCGGCGAUUGAUUUUGAUAUCGGUCUCCGCCGUCGUUCUUGUCGCCGUGAUUAUCGCCGGCGUGAUCGCCGGCGUCGUCCAUUCCCGGAGAAACAACUCGCCCGAGUCGGCACUGACUCCACCUCCAACAUUAACACCGGCCGCGUCACUCAGAACUGUCUGCAGUGUGACUCGGUACCCUGCUUCGUGCAUCUCUAGCAUCUCGAAGCUUCCGUCGUCGAACACGACAGAUCCGGAGGUUCUGUUCCGUCUUUCAUUGACUGUUGUUGUCAAUGAGCUUGCUUCGUUGUCGGAUUUGCCGGAGAGGCUCGCCGGGGAGACGGGGGACGAUCGAAUCAAAUCGGCGAUAAGGGUGUGCGGAGAUCUGAUCGAGGAGGCUAUCGAUCGGCUUAACGACUCUGUUUCCGCCAUGGAUGUCGGCGAUGGACAGCAAAUCCUGAACUCCUCGAAGAUCGAAGAUCUAAAGACAUGGUUGAGCGCCGCCGUCACAGACUACGACACGUGCUUCGACGCACUCGACGAACUCGCCUUCAACAAAACAGAGUACGCAAACUCCACAAUCGUGAAUAGUCUGAAAUCGGCCAUGAAAAACUCCACCGAGUUCACUAGCAACAGUCUCGCCAUCGUUUCCAAGAUCCUCAAGGCCCUCGGCGAUCUGGGGAUCCCGAUCCACGGGCGACGGCUGCUCGCUGGAGAUGGGUUCCCGGCGUGGGUUGGUCAGGCGGAGCGGCGGCUGCUGCAGGCGGUGGACGUGAGACCGGACGUGACGGUGGCGGCGGACGGAUCCGGAGACGUGAAGACGGUGAACGAGGCGGUGGCGAAGGUGCCGAAGAAGAGCAAGACGAGGUUCGUGAUCUAUGUGAAAGGAGGUACAUAUGUGGAGAAUGUGGUGAUGGAUAAGAGCAUAUGGAAUGUGAUGAUUUACGGCGAUGGGAAGACGAAGACCAUUAUUUCCGGAAGCAAGAAUUUCAUCGACGGUACUCCCACCUACGAAACGGCGACGUUUGCAAUACAAGGGAAAGGGUUCAUAAUGAAGGACAUUGGAAUCAUAAACACGGCAGGAGCGGCUAAGCACCAGGCCGUGGCCUUCCGGUCUGGUUCCGACCUCUCCGUAUACUACCGGUGCUCCUUCGACGCUUUCCAAGACACUCUCUACCCUCAUUCCAACCGUCAGUUCUACCGCGAUUGCGAUGUUACAGGUACCAUCGAUUUCAUAUUUGGUAACGCAGCAGUCGUCUUCCAGAACUGCAACAUUCAUCCCCGUCAGCCGCUUUCCAACCAGUUCAACACCAUUACAGCUCAGGGCAAGAAGGAUCCGAACCAAAACUCCGGAAUCUCAAUUCAGAGAUGCACAAUCUCGGCCAACGGGAACGUCACCGCCCCUACGUAUCUGGGCCGUCCAUGGAAGGAAUUCUCGACGACGGUCAUCAUGCAGACGGAGAUCGCCGGAUUCAUCAAGCCAGCUGGAUGGAUGUCGUGGGUCAGCGGCGUUGACCCGCCGGCAAGUAUAUUGUACGGCGAGUACAAGAAUAGUGGGCCCGGGUCGAGUGUGGCCCAGAGAGUUAAAUGGGCCGGGUAUAAGCCCGUUAUGUCUGACGUGGAGGCCGGGAAGUUUACGGUCGCGUCGUUUCUUCAGGGAGGGGAAUGGUUGCCUGGGACGGGAGUGGCGUAUCAGCUGUCUUGAGUGAUGUAAUAUUUUGAUUUCUAAUUGUUUUUCUUUUUUUUUCAUUUGACAUUGAAAAAUACGAGGUAUUGUCUUUACUUGUAUUUUGCCCCACUUUAAUUGUAGUUUUGCGCGUUGUUAA